AUGCAAGACUGCAAGAACAGCGACACCUGCAGGUUCUCUGUGGUGGAAGUGAUGUGCAGGGUAGUUUUCUUCAACACGUUUCAGUUUCCGGUGAUUGUGAAGGACUCCGGCGUGGACAAGAUACUGGGCGACGUUGCGCUGCAGGGCUACCUUAACUACAAGGCCUCCUUGGCAGCCGCCUUCCGGAAGAUCCUCUGCGACCCCGAGGAUGCGUGCAACAUCCGACCCAGCCACGUCACGAACCUCUUGAGCAACAUGACGGUGAAGGACAUCAAGCACUUCAAGGGCCCAUGCCACAAGGGAGUUGCGCUUGAGGCGUAG